AUGAGCGCCUCUUCGCUCACCGAGCAUCUACCUACGAUCAAAACUGCCUGUCCGUAUGACAAGGCCACGAAACAUCUAUUUCUGACUGCCGCUGGGGAAGGAACCCUUCCUCUUCCCCGAUUAGCUCUAUGGCUCGCGCAAGACAGACUGUACGCCGCGCACGGCUACCCGCGUUUCAUCGGCCGCUUGAUCGCUGCGAUACCCUACUCCUCCGAACAUGCGACGCUUUCGAAGGAAGAGAAGCAGAACGCGCGUACGCUCGAGGUUCUGGUCUUCUGUCUGCAGAACGUCGUCAGAGAAGUCGGCUUCUUUGAUGAUCUCGGUACGGCUCAUGGAUUCAACGUGAACGGAUGGAAGGAGAGGAAGGGCACGCGCGACUAUCUUGCGGAGAUGGCGCGUGUCUCCAGCGAGGGAGAUCUCUUUGACGGCUUGGUCUUCCUCUGGGCGAUGGAGAAGGUCUACCUCGAUUCAUGGCGUCACGUCGACAAGCUCGUCCGGCAGAAGGGCAGCUCUGUCGACCCUAUACGCGAACUGGCCAAGAACUGGACAUGCGACGAGUUCGUCCGCUUCGUGAGGGAUAUCGCCGAGCUGGUCGAUGCGUUCGACGUACAACCUGGAUCUGAGAGGUGGAAGCGUGCCGAACUCAUCUGGGAGCGUGUGGUCGAGCUGGAGGAGGCUUUUUGGCCUAUAGAAGGCGAAGAGGCGACAUUGGCUGUAUAA